UUCAGGAUCGCGACGUCUCAGCCCGCGCGAAUGUGUGACGAGUCCGCAUCGCAACUCGACAGGUCAUGAGACGACCCCGCAAGCCCAAGAAGGAGGAUUAGAAUUGCGCUCAAGCUGGCCGUUGGCGUCGGCAAACAACCGGCAGAGAAGUUGUAGUGUUCGCUACAUAUGCCCGCCCGAGAUGGUCUACGGUGGGAAGCCCUCCCGGGGCUGUCGGACCUGCCGCGCACGCCGCAUCAAAUGCGACGAGGGCAAACCGACCUGCAAACGGUGUGAAAAAUCGAGGAGAGAAUGCGGUGGGUACCGGCCCGAGUUUGAGAUUGUUCACCGUGACCAGACCGGGUCGACAGUGCGGCGGUUGCGCAAGGCCGGCGAUGCCCAGCAGCAACAGCCCACGACUCCUCGCCCCUUUGUUUUCAUUCAGGAAGAACCGCAGCCAUGGCGACGGCGGCAGAGCCCAAGCCCGUCCCCAGUAUCGGCACUGACUAUUCCCCUCGCUCACCGGGCUUCAUGUUACUUCGCCUCCAACUUCAUCCUCGUGCCUGUCGGCGUCGCCCCGCACGGCUUCAUGGAAUACCUAGUUCCGCUGAUGGACACAGAACCUUCAGAGAGCGCACUUCGUUACGCCUUCAACGCCUGUGCCUUUGCGCUGCUGGGCAACCGCGCUAGGGCCGACAGCAUCAACCUCGCCCAGCUGUCCCUGAAAGAGCAUACCCUGGCUCUGGCCCAAACGCACAAGGCACUCGGCCAUCCCGCCGCUGCCAGUACUGAUUCAACACUGGCAGCGGUUCUGCUGCUAUGUUUGUACGAGAGCAUAACGGCCAUUAAGGAGAGUAGGAUGUUGGCGUGGCGCACACAUAUUGAUGGCGCUGUUCACAUUGUCCAGACCCGCGGCCGUGAAGAUAUGUGCCGGACCCGGCUAGGCACGCUUUUGUUCACGGCUGUGCGGCAUCACCUAGUCUCCCGCGUCUUAUCUUCCGGCUUACAGCUGCCCUUCGGUGCCGACUGGUGGAUGUCAGGAGGCGAUACUGAGUCGCUCUUCGCAAAUUGUCAGCGUUUCAACCUCAAGUUCAGUGAACUCAGAGCCGAGGCAAACCAGCUCCUAGCCAACGCUUCGAGGUCACCCGAGUCACUUGCGCAAAUGCACGAGACGGCAAAGCGAAUCCAAGGUUUAGACCAGGAGGUCGCCAGUUGGCUCGCAUCCAUUCCAGGCGAGUUUCGGUUCCGGACUGUGUGCUUGGUGCCUGCAGACGGCCCCGAGACGCCGAGCGGGAACUUUGGCGAGAAAGAGGCAUUCCCAGGGCGCGUCGAUGUCUAUCCUGAUUUCGUCUCCGCCAUGGCGUGGAACAUGGCGCGAGUCUCUCGCUUGCUCAUUGCCUCGCUCAACAUCCGGAUCGCUGCUCGGGUCUGCGCGCCAGCAGACUACCGCACCACUCCCGAGUACAAAACCUCAAAACGUAUCUGCGAAGGCACUAUCACAGACAUCAUUGCCUCCGUGCCAUAUCAUUUAGGCUGGCGCAUGCAUGGCAAGGGGUUAGGCGGGCCAGGGUUGUCAACCUUCGCCUGCGGUGAGGAGGGGACCUGCAAAGCUCUACCGGGUUUGUUUUUGAUAUGGACCCUGACAUGCGUCAAAAAUCACGAUAUGUCAACCGAGAAACAGCGUGAAUGGGCGAAGGGCCGCCUUAAAUUCAUCGCCGAAGAAGUUGGUUUGAAAUACGCCCAUAUCGUCAACGAGGCCAACCUCCGCUUUCCGUCCAUGAUGAUUCGCAGGGACGGUAUGUUAGCGACGGGUCUGGACCCGUUGCAAGUAAUAAACGAGGCGAGGAUGGCCAAGGCUGUCCCUCACACGCCAGAGAGCAUGACUUCUCCAUCACCAAGACCUUCUGGCUGAGAGCGGUCUAAGAUCGAUAUUUUCUAAACGGAACUGUUGGUUGGCCCAUCAAGACCGACACAAUGCUGCGCUUCAACGUGCUAGCUCAGUUUGGAAGGGCUCGUAUCGUGUCCGGCUGUUCAAGAACACAACGUGAAGCACCGCGUUUAGGUUAUAUCAUGCGUCUCUCACAGCGGCCGGACUAACCUACCCACGCCACCUUUCGACUGGCUGCGGUGGUUAGGAAACCUUCCAUCAUAUUCAAAUCAACCAACACAUGGCAUCGGCGCAAGUCCCUCGCC